AUGCUGUUCCGCGAGCUGCGCUUCUACCUGUCGCGCGCGCUGUCGGCCGAGGACAAGGAGGAGCUCGAGCGGCUCAUCCGGCAGAAUGGGGGCAUCGUGUCGGCCACGCCGGCGGGCGCCACGCAGCUCGUGGACUGCGAUAAACUGGACGCCAGGCAGCCCGAGUGGAUCUCCGCCGACUUCAUCAAGGAGUCGGUGGCGUUCCGGGCGCUGCAGGACCCGGCCAAGUACUCGGGGGCGGUCUUCACGGUGCAGCAGGAGCGCAGAGGGUCCAGCAGACUCGUGCGAGUGCGUGUGCGGUACUCGAACGAGGAGGACGCCAGGCUGCUGCACUUCGCCAAGCAGCAACGCUGGAAGGCCACCGAGUCGCUCGCACUGAGCGUCUGGCAGCAGGCGGAGAGCGAGCGCGUGACGACCCACACAGCGCACAGCAUGCACGAGCGUUUCAGGAAGCACUUGCAGAUGACGACGCCCAUGGAGCAGCGGGCAAUCAUGGCCAGAGCAGCGGCGACAACACGAGCAAGACUGCUGGAGCGAGACGCAGAGGUGGAAGAGAUAGAUGAUGAUGAAGACCAGAAGAAGGAGGAGGAGGAGGAGGAAGAGGAGCAACAACAGCAGCAGGAGGUAGUGGAGCCGACGCCUCGAGCACUUGCAAGUCCGAGCCCCACUGGGUUUCGGAACGUCGCGACGCCCGAGUCAACCCCAUCCCGGGCUUCAAGGUCGACACCACGUUCUACGACUCGCCAAAGUGUUGCAACCUCGGAGCAGGCUACGAUUGAGAGCCAGCUGAGAGAGGUCGGGGAAGAGAAGCUCAGCGGACGUGCGCGCUCGCGCAAGCCCAACUCCUACUGCUGCAGCAGCUCCUCUAUCAACACCGACGGCAGCCCCACCCACUCCUGCCAGCCCACCGGAGGUUCCAAGCAAUCAGGCAGCUCAGUCUUCGCCAGCACCUUCAGCUGGAUCAUCAAGCUCGUUGCCAUCUACACUGUGUGGGCCCAGCAUCUCGGAGAUCCAAGCAAAAGGAGACUGCUGCAAAGGUUCUUUGGACCUCCUGCGAAACCUGCGCCUCAAUCCCAAACAAGCACAGCGGAAUCUGCGACCGGCAGUGAUCCCAAUGAGGCUGCUGGGUCUGGUGAAUCUCAAGUGAGUGAGGUGCUCGACGAGCGUAUGGACGAACUGGAACAAGAGAAGAUGGAGCAAGCAACGGAUGAAGACACAGACGACAUCAUUUGUCACCUUCAGAUGGAGAGUCAUCAAGAUCUGCAUACUGUGGUCCACGCCCUGUACUACUGCAGCGGAGAUGUCGAGAUGGCAAGAUCCUUCCUCAAGGGCGUUUCACCUCCAAGCAUGUGGUCCCCCGAGGACGAUCUUUUGCUUGUUGACUUGCUGGCCGAUGAGAGCACCUGUCGUGCCGCUGUUGGAGCGGCUGUGACCCGUGGAGACUUCAGCUCGAUGCAAGUGGCACGUGACACGGAUGCAAUUUUGAAACGAGUGCAGUUUCUUCGGUGA